CCCCGAUAGGGGCAACCCUGCAAAGCCCCAGGCAGAAGCGCACAUCCUGCAGCACAGCGACUGCGUUGCGGAGGGUGGGCUGCACUGCUGGCAGGCACUACUAGGUGUUGCAGAGGCACAGGGGAGACUUCCUAAGGCUAAAGCCACCAAACAAGUGAACUUCCUGUUCGAACACUUCCAUUGCAGUGGUUUCACUUGGCUGUGUAUCAUGUGCCGCGGAGGGAGGAGGAGAGAAGCUGUGUGAGCAAGCAAGGGUGCAGCCUGGCCCCACGGGGACAGGACGGCUGGUGGCGCGGGGCCCUGGGGUACCUGGAGUGCCUGCAGGGGGUGGGGACAAGGCCGCGGGCCCACCAUCAGCACCAUGCUCCUGGGGAUCCUCGUGGUGCUCUACUUCAUCCCCGCUGCCGAUGUAACAGAAAACAAGAUUUUAGUGGCUCAGCAUCCUCUGCUCAUCGUAGCCAACAAAACAGCAAAUCUAGUCUGCAACUACUCAUACAAUGGAACAGGGAAGGAAUUUCGAGCCUCACUGCACAAAGGAACAGACAGUGCAGUUGAAGUCUGCUUUAUUUCAUGGAACAAGACCAAAUCUAGCAGUAAUUCCAAUAAAGAAUUCAACUGCCAGGGGACUUUUUAUGAAGACAAAGUAAUCUUCAAUCUUUGGAACAUGAAUGCCAACCAAACUGACAUCUACUUCUGCAAAAUUGAGGCCAUGUAUCCACCUCCAUAUGUCUACAAUGAGAAGAGCAAUGGGACCGUCAUUCACGUGAAAGAGACACCCAUCCAAACACAAGAGCCUCGGUCUGCAAUUUCUUACUGGGUUAUGGUGGCAGUGACGGGACUUCUUGCUUUCUACAGUAUCCUAAUAACUGCAAUCUUUAUUAGCUACUGGCAAAAGUCCAAGAAGAACAGGUACCACCAGAGUGACUACAUGAACAUGACUCCCCGGCAUCCACCCUACCAAAAGAACAAGGGUUACCCAUCUUAUGCACCAACACGAGACUACACUGCGUAUCGCUCCUGGCAGCCGUGAUAGCCACCAGCCGACCCACCACUAUCCUCUUGUGCUUCUAGGCAGUCACUUGCUCUUGGACAGGGAAGGACAGCUUGUCAUUUUUUCAUCAUGUUUGUUAUUACUGACCAUGGAUACCUACACCAAAGCAAGUAUUGGCUAAACUUCAGUGUUAUGCAAAAAGAAAAAGGGAAAAAAAAAGGGGGGGGGGGGGGGAGUAAAAAAGGAUUGUUUUCCAUGAUGGCUGAAAAUGAGAUGCAGCUUGUGUUGAGGGUUGUCAGUGGGUAAGAGAGAAGAAUGGCAUCAGAUCUCAGAGCUGGUCUCCUCUUAACCACUGGUGGUUUUGUUCAGCUGUUGGGGGAACCAGAACCAGAACAUCUGACCUUUCCCAAUAACUGCUCCCUUAGAUUUAGCCUGUAAUUUCUUUCCCUGAAUGUCUAAUCCUCAGAAACCAUUGUUGCUGUUAAAUACGGAAAAAUGGGGAAAAAACAAACAAACAGUCUUCCCUCUGAGAGCAGGGCACAGUUUGAAAGUCAGGACAUGCUUGAAAGAGAUGGAAAAGUCAGCCAGAAGGCAUCCAAGCAAUUAGGCUACAGUGCAAAUGGGCCGUCAGGACAAACCAGGACUGAAAGAAAAUGACUCAACAUUCAACAUGUGAGUCUUUAGGUUGGACACUUUGUAAAUGUUCACAAAGGCCAUUUGAAGUCAUAACCAAGCAACUCCACAGAGCAUGAAACCAAUGCAUCUGAAGAAAAAAUCAGGCAGGAGAGGAAGGAAGAUCUGCUGUCAUCAUGAAAAGUCCCGUUUGUUAUGUUUGCCUACAGCAAGGGAACACAAAGCAACAUGGGAAGCAUUAGAAGAUACGGAGGUCAGAUUUGGAGGAGAUCUUUACCCUCAUUUUUGAAUUUUUGUUUCUAUCCAAAAGGCACUCUGCUGCGUCCUCCUGAAAAUACAUCACUUUUUCUGGUACCAAGGCUGUACCAGAGCUCUUUUGAAAAUCGGCAUCCACUUAUGAGUGACUAAAGAUCACUUGAAUUUUUUCCUAGUAAGCAACCAACGUUUUGGGUGCGAGAGGGUCCUCAGGUCCUACCAUUGUGAACAGAGACUGCUCCAGGCACUUUGAACUUUGUGCUGACUGAGGGUUACCUUUUUAUCUAAAGAUGUUCUUUAGGGAUGCUCCGUGCUGGAGUAGAAUGAAGUCUUCAACAAAAACCUGCUUCAUACCUUUAAUUAAGCAUGUUUACAUUAACAAGGCAUCCUAAACUGUAAUUGGGGUUGUCUUAGCAUAAAGUCCCUUUUCAUACUGAGGAGAUUAGAUUUAUUUUAUAGACUACUGAGUAAACAAAUAAAAUAAAAAUAAAUCCAUACUCCCACUGAAAUAAAAUUGGGAUUGUUCAAAAUUUAUUUUCUUCCAAAUCAGGAUGAGAAGAUUCUUUUUGUUUUUGAGGGGACAUGACAAAAACAGAGAUACAGAAGUGUGGAAGUGUGGCAACGACCUGCUUUGACAUCUUAACCCAAGUACAACUCUUGGUACUUCCAAACUGGAAGUUUUAUUUGAAUUUGUUGACCAGGCUCCAAACCAUUCAUUCUGAGCCCUACGCUUUACACUUUUCCACAUACAUUUUUGACUCUCUUCCUAAAAUGCCCCUUACUGUGCCUUUGUACUACAGCCACGGCAGUGAGGAGCAUGUGGAGGGGCUUAGGGGAAGGUGCCAGGCAGGUCCCUGCAUGGUCCCAGCUGGGCCCUGCUUGCUGGCACUGACCAUCGGGAUGCUCCCACCUUGCUCCUCCCUCCUCGCUUGGCCCUGUCAGCAUGCUGGCCCUGUGCUGGGGCAUCCAGCCACUCCUUGCAGAGCAUCUGCCUGGUCAGCUCUGUCUCACCCGGCUCCACACCAUCCACCGGUGUUGUCAUUGUGUAAUGCAAUAUUAACAAGUGCUCUGAUCACAAUGCGGUGUGAAAAAUCACAUCUUCUAGCGCAAAUGUGAGGUGAGAUGGCAAAUACGUACUGAAAACAUAAAACAGGGUCAACUUCUUCACUUAAACUGCUUAUGUACAAUUUUACAUGUAGAUGCAUCUGUUUCACAUCUAUAUUCCUUAUAGUUUUAUUAUACUUUUUGCAAUCUCCUCUUAAAAUUAUUAAAUAGAUACAGUAAAUUAAAUCUUGAAUAAAUGCAUUGGGCCUGAGGCUAGUCAGAGGAAAGUAUUACUUUCUAAAGCAAAUGUUGGUAUAAUUUGUUUUCCUUCCCCUAACACUUUUGUAAUUUCCACAUUUUAAAUGUACUGAUAGCUCCCAGGACAUGAUACUGGAAAGUCAGACCUGGAACAUCUGGAAUAACUAUUAAAUCUGUUGGCUGACCAAAAAGAAAGGGAGAUACAGGGAAACAUCCUAAACAAAUAAUGAAAAAAAAAAAGGAAAAAAAGAGGAGAACCAGGACAGGAAGAGCCUAAGCCCUGUGUUAGAAUGGACACUGCCAUUAAAGCACUGUAGUGACAUGAAUUACAGACUGUUGAAGAUGAGAUACUAGUAUAAAUACCUUUUAUCCACCACUGUAAGGGACUAAAAGAAAGUGUUUGCAGAGAAGCAAGCCAGUUAAGCCUCAGGUCUGGCUCUGCAUAUGUGGAUUAGCAUAUAUGACAAACAGAGCAGUCCUAAUUUAUUCCAUCUGGUUUCAGGCAAUGCGUAACAUGCCAGGACAGUCCUGGCCCUCCCUGCCCCUGCCUUUGGGGUCUAUAUGCUCUUUAUAGAUGACGUAAAGAGAAUCCUCCCUCUGCUGCUGCUCUGAACUUGAAAACUGGCCCUCAUGGAGGGUGGUGAGAGAUCAAUAGAGUUUUCUGCCUUGCAGACAGGGUUAAUUCAAAUGCAAAUAUCAUUCCGCUGAAUAGUGAUUUAAUUUUUCAUCCUCCUAUCUUCCAUGUUUGGAUCUCUGUGUCAAAUGAGCAUCUGAACUGCAGUCAUCAUAUCUGAACAGCAAUCAGCAUAUGUUGCAAGGGGUCAAGCAAGGGUUGUGCAGCUCCAGCCCCUGCAUGCGAUCCCUGUUCUGCACAUCUCCAGCACAGCACAAACUGACGGUCUGGCUGUUCUGCACUUCCAGGAACAAGGCUCCUGGGAGACAGGUGCUGAGGAGGUAGCCUGUGCUGUGCUUACAAGUAUCUUGGACCUUCACUGUAGGGGUUGUCAGGUUUAUUGAAGCCAAAAGUCUUGGGCAUCCCUUCAGAUUUGAAUUCCCCAAAUUCCAAAUCCCCAAAUCUCCCGUAGCAGAUUUUUCAAAAUGCCUCUUCUUUCUUCUAUGGCUAUAAACAUGAACCCUGCAUGUCUGUCAAACAAUAUCACAUCUUCCCCCUUUGCAUAUUAUCACUUUUACUUUCAUUUCCAUGCCAGACUCAGCAGUUCAGGAACCCAUCCAAUUUGUUAAUCCCCAACACCACUGUGCAACCUUCCACAUGCAGCCAUGACUAGCUCUUUGCUUCACAGUCUGUGUUGUAUGCCACGUUCCUCUUCACUGUUGGGUAGGGAGUUGCCAUAGGAGAUUGGAGCCAUGUGGGGAUUUGAUAUGCACUCAUCUUCUCUUUGAAGGAUUUGGGGUCUUUCAUGCUUUGAUUUUCCCAUCAUCUUCAGUUUCUCAGUUGUGCCAAACAGCCAUGUGGGAAUCCCACACACCACGUGCUCCCCACAGUGCAUUUAACUUCUGUGCGUUUCAUUUCCUGUGCAUAGCAGGCUUUUGACUCUUGCCAAGCUCCUUAUGCCUGUAUACAUGCCCUGACAGCAGAAGCAACUUUGGCUACUGAUGGUAUGUUUGAUACCGAUAACGUGGUACAAACUGCUUGAGUUUUAGGAGCACAAAAGCAAAUGCUAAAGAUCAAAUCUUUCCGCUUUCAGCAAGGCUUUUGCUGUGUGACUGGAAAAUAGUUUAUUCAAGAUGAAUCACAGACCAAGACAAUUUUGUUAGUCACUCACACUAACCAGAAAACAGGUUAGGGUAAUGAGUACAAUACCAGCUUUGUUACCGUCUGAUGAAGAAUGGGGAAGCACUGAAAACAGUACUAGACAGUAAUUUGUAGCCAGAGUCAGUGUCUGCAAGUGGCUGUGAGAGGGAAGCAUUACUAGCUGCUUAUCUUGAUGCAAAUGGAUUGUUCUUCACAAUUAGGCAUUUUUGUUAGAGCAUCACAUUACAGUAUGUUACUAUUCCAGCCUCAAGGGCAUGCAGAUAAUCUGAUGUGGCCAAUUUGGCUGACGAAGUAUUAUGAGGCUGCCAAUUUCAUACAAACCCUUUUGCAAAGAGACAAAAAGUUGAAUGGUCACAAAUUCAUGAUUCGUCUUUUUUCUCUUUUCUCUUUCCUUUCCUU